AUGGGGUGCACGUCUUCAAAAACGCAGCUUGAAACAGUUUUAGAGCCCACGCAUACUCACUCAAGUCUACGGCAUCAACCAAGAGAAGGUUGGACAAAUGGAGGCAAUCCGCAGACGCUAAGAGUCGAAGCACCGAAUCCAGCAAGAAGUGGUCAGAGCAACGGGAAUGUAUUGUCCGCCGCAGAGAAGCGAGAGCGGGCGGCCGAGGCGGCUGAAGCCCGCAAGAAAGACUGGCGUCAAGGCGGUCAUUCAGACCCAGAAAAGGCGCGCAGCAUCGCGAGACGCCGCGAGAAAGAUGAAUUGCUGGCCAAAAUUUACAAUAAAUAUACGCUGCUUGGUCGAGAGCCGUCCAUCGGGCUGCCAUCGUGCGACCUGGAUCAAUUGCGCCGCCACCUCGAGACAUUGUGCUAA